AUGGCUCGCUCCUCGAGUGUCCUUGCAGGCGGCCUGCUGGGUGCUGCCUCCCUGGGAGGCCUGGCCUUCCUGGACAAGCGCGUCUUCAUCCGUGUUGACUUCAACGUGCCGCAAGACAAGAAGGACCCGAACAUCAUUACCAACACGGCCCGAAUCGAUGCGGCCCUGCCCACCAUCAAGUAUGCCCUCGACAACGGUGCCAAGUCCGUGGUGCUGUGCUCGCACUUGGGUCGCCCCAACGGGCAGAAGGACGAGAAGUUCUCCAUGAAGCCGGUGGCCAAGGUGGUCGAGGAGAAGUUGGGACGGCCUGUGAAGCUGAUGAAUGAUGUAGUCGGCGAGGAGGUCGAGGCUGCGUGCGCCGACCCGGAGCCGGGCACCGUGAUCCUGCUGGAGAAUUCCCGGUACUAUGUCGAGGAGGAAGGCAAGGGCAAGGAUGCUGAUGGCAACAAG